AUGCUGUCGGCCGUCACCAAGCUGUGCUGCGGCAUUUCAUAUCAACAUCUACGCAGCAUGACGGGUCUGCAGCGUAUGACCAUGGCAGCUUUGGGCCAGGAAAUUGCCCACAUGCAGAAAACGGGGCAAACAUUUCCACCAAGCUGUAGGUUGAAUAUGACGUGGCCCUGGAGGAACACCAGCCGGGAUGAAGACGGUAUGGACGUGUGGUGUGAUGGAGUGGAACAGUCCGACGUCUUUUACCAGCAGCAGGGACAGGAAGCUCUACACACAGCUCUACAGAUCACUCACAGUCCUGAGGGCUGGAGAGCAGAGCUCCAGGAGACUGGAGAUAUCAUCUACAGUAAAGUGCUCGAUGGGAAUCAUAAGGUUUUCAAGUUGGAAGCAGAACUUGAAGCUUCACCUGAGGAAUUAUACGAUAUUUUAUUUGUGAAGGUGGAGGAGAUGCAGACGUGGAAUCCCAACAUUGGUUAUAUAAAGGUGCUGAAACAAGUAGGGAAGGAAACCAUGGUAACACACGAGGUCUCGGCCGAGACGACGGGCAACCUGAUUGGUCGGCGGGACUUCCUGAGUGUUAGACAUUCUCUGAAGAUGGAGGAUUGUAUUUAUCUGGGAGGAGCUGCUACACAUCUGGAGGCUUUUCCACCUCACCCUGGAUUUGUAAGAGCUGAAGAUGGUCCCACAUGCAUCAUAAUCCAGCCUUCACCGACCUCUGCUAGAAGGAGCAGGUUCACAUGGCUCCUCAACAUGGACGUGAAGGGCUGGCUGCCCAAAUCCCUUGUGAACCAGGCGCUCCCUCGGGCGCAGCUCGACUUCACAAGGCAUCUCCGCAGACGGCUGGCGAGGGGAAAAUGAGCUGCCGGUGACACCGAGACACAGAAAACAUCGCAGCGUCUGGAGGUUCUGCUGUAAACAGUGCUGGUGGUCAGGGAUACUGGUCUGAAAAAUAAAAAAC